UCAAUUCCAGAUAAAUCGAUGCGAUCGAUUUGGCGGCCGGGUAUUAUAGUGCCUGCGCAGCCUUUUCUCCUUCCUUUUUGCUGAAUGUGCCAGCCAUGGCCCCGAUUAAAAAGCAGGUGGUCAGGAAGCAGGGUGGGAAGAGGAAGAAGCAGAUCUUAAAGUUCACCCUGGACUGCACUCACCCUGUGGAGGAUGGCAUCAUGGAUGCUGCCAAUUUUGAGCAGUUCCUGCAGGAGCGCAUCAAGGUGAACGGCAAAGCUGGAAGCCUUGGCGGAGGUGUGGUGUCCAUUGAAAGGAGCAAGAGUAAAAUUGCCGUGAACUCUGAAGUUCCCUUCUCAAAGAGGUACUUGAAGUAUCUUACCAAGAAGUAUCUGAAGAAGAACAACCUCAGAGACUGGCUGCGGGUUGUGGCCAACACCAAGGAGAGCUAUGAGCUGCGCUACUUCCAGAUCAACCAGGACGAGGAGGAAGAGGAGGAUGAAGAUUAAACUUCACACCAUUUCAAUAAAAUUUCAAAGUAGAAAAAAAAAAUCUGUUGUCUUUUAUUUUAAUAGAUUUUUUUUUUGUUCUCUGGGCAUCACACACA